AUGUUGUUUGAUGACAAAGUCCCAACGCUGCUGGCUUGCAGCCAGCACGGUGCUAGGGUGCAGGAGAAGAGGGCUGAGAUGUACGACUCCAGAUUUUUCUACGAAAACCUGAAGGUUCCCAGCGUCGCCAUGGAUAAAGAACUACAGUUGCACAUUGUUAAGCAAGCUAGAGCUCAAAGUGCGAAAGAAGGUACAGGCUACAGUGAAGGAUCUUACUCAUUACUGCCCGUAGAAGUUCCUCAAAAUCACAAGCGUUUCACCUGUGACCUGACUCAAGCUGAUCGCCUUGCUCUUUAUGAUUAUGUUGUUGAGGAAACAAAGAAACAGAGGUCUAGAUCCCAAAUUGUGGAAAAUGACAGUGACCUCUUUGUGGAUUUAGCAGCGAAAAUCACCCAAGAUGAUAGUCAGAAAGGUCCAAAGUCCCAUCUUGAAAUUCUGGCUGAAAUGCGAGACUACAAAAGGCGGCGGCAGUCGUACAGGGCUAAGAAUGUUCAUAUAACAAAGAAGUCUUACACUGAGGUGAUUCGGGAUGUGAUUGGUGUGCAUAUGGAAGAACUCAGCAAUCACUGGCAGGAGGAGAACAGGCUGGAUAAUGCAGAGACAUGUGAAGGAGGGAAGUCAAAAUCUUCAGGAAGGAAGACAGGCGGUCAGCUUCAGUGGAGUCACGGCAGUCUGGAGGAAGCUACAAGGACACUGAACACAGCAGACAUAGGAGAGAGACCAGCAGGAGUCCCAGUAAACGAAAAAGGAGUCGCGAAAGAGGCAAAGACAGAGAUUCUCGGAGAAAAAGAGAGAGGGAUGAAGACAAAUAUCACAGCCAUAAAAGAAGAAAGUAGAAACCAGACCCUGAUUAUUUUGUUUUCAGCUGUUCAAAAAAUUACUUGCACAGGAACUAUUGUUACUGCUGUUGUGCCAGGGACAGUAAUGCUGUGUACAUAAUGUUGGUGCCGCAUCACAGCUGUGCGUGGAGACAAAAAUGAAACAGUGUUAAGGUUUGUCAGGAUGGAGCCAGUAUAUAUCAGAAAAUGUUUACGUGUGUGAUGCUAAUGCAUCUAUUAAUAAAUGCUAUUGAUCUCUC